CCGCACGCAGCGUGAUUGCGCAUGCUUAGUGUGUCUCAUGCCGGGGUCCUCGCCGUGUUCCCGGGAGAUGGCGGAGCAGGUGCGGGCUGUGUGUGAGCGGUUGGUGCAGGCGGUGACCGUCAUCAUGGAGCCCAACUCAGCCCAGGAACACCGGAUGGAGGCGCUGAGGUUCUGUGAGGAGUUUAAGGAGACGUGCGCGGUGUGCGUUCCCUGCGGGCUGCAGCUGGCGGAGAAGUCUCAGCCUCCGAUCAUCAGACAUUUCGGCCUCCAGGUUUUGGAGCAUGUGGUGAAGUUUCGGUGGAAUAACAUGGAGGGGGAUGAGAAGCUUCUCCUGAAGGACAGUGUGAUGAGGCUCAUGGCCGCUGGGGUCCGGCCCAUCCUGGAGGAGGAGGGACACAUAAAGGACGUGCUGGCCCGGAUCGUGGUGGAGAUGAUAAAGCGGGAAUGGCCGCAGCACUGGCCCAACAUGCUGACCGAGCUGGAGGGGCUCAUCAAGAAGGGGGAGGUGCAGACGGAGCUGGUGAUGUUCAUUCUGCUGCGGUUGGCGGAGGACGUGGUCACCUUUCAGAACCUUCCGGGCCAGCGCCGCCGCGACAUCCAGACCACCAUGACCCAGAACAUGGAGCAGCUCUUCACCUUCAUGCUGAGCAUCCUGGGGGACGCCGUCCAUCAAUACCAGCAGCUGAAGAGCGACUCCUCCCAGAAGGAUAAGUACCAGGGCCUGUGCCGGGUGGCGCUGGCGGCUCUGAACACACUGGCCGGAUACAUUGACUGGGUGUCCAUCAUUCACAUCACCGCCCAGGACUGUAAACUGCUGCAGAUGUUGUGCCUCCUGCUGGAGGAGGAUGAACUGCAAGUGGAGGCCGCGGAGUGUCUGCUCAUCGCUGUCAGCAGGAAGGGGAAGCUGGAGGACCGUCUCCCCCUCCUGGUCCUGUUUGGUGAUAACCCCAUGCAGUGUAUCAUGGCCGCCGCUCAGAAGGCGCACAGUGAGGGGCUGCAGGAGAAGCGCUACGUCUUCCUCAAGAGGCUGUGUCAGGUGCUGUGCGCUCUGGGCAGCCAGUUGUGCGCGCUCACUCUGUCCCCGGACUUCAAAGUAAAGAUCCCGGUGACUUUCGGUAAAUACCUGAGCUCGUUGCGGGAGUUUACGGUUCACCCAAGUCAGUUCCUCAGAUCGUCCACCCUGAUGACGUGGGGCUCCAUCUUCAGACAUGAAGUUCUCUCCAAGGACGCGGCAGUGAAGGCCAUGGUCCCGGAGUUCCUGAGGAUCUCCAUGAGUAAUGUGGUGAAGGUGGGCUUCCCCUCCAGGAACGACAGCCCCAGCUGUGAAUACUCGCGCCUGGACUGCGACAAUGACGAAGACUUCAACACCUUCUUUAACUAUUUUAAGGCUUUAAUAGGCGACGUGAUGCGUUCAGCCUGUCGCUUGGACCCCAUGACCGGUUUCUGCCUAGCGGAGGAAUGGCUGCAGUUCCAGCUGUCUGCCCCCUCGGAGUCCGGACUGAACAGCUCGCGGUCCGGUGACGGUCCCUGCAGCCUCUUGUCUCCGUCCUUUAUACAGUGGGACGCCAUGACCUUCUUCUGUGAGUGCGUCAUCCUCACCACCCUGCGAUCACUGCCCAAACAGGAGCUGCCGGUGACUCGGGGGGUGGAGCUCCUCCAGCAGGUGCUGAGCUAUGAGACGGAAGACCCCUUAAUCCUGUCCUGCGUCCUCACCGUCCUGUCCGUGCUCCUCCCCUUCAUGCGCUACGUGAACGGCUUCAUGCCGGCCAUCCUCAACAAGCUCUUCUCGGCUGUGGCCUUUGAAUUGUGUAACCAGCUGAUCAGCGCCUUCAGUCCCUUCGUCUGGAUGGACACGCCCGCCUGUCAGAAAGCCGCCGCCCAGCUGUGCUGGCCCCUCCUCAAACAGAUGGUCUCCAGUUCUUUGCCCUCUGAAGCCGCCCUCUGUUUUUUCACGAACGUCCUGCGGGGGCUGCAGAUCCACGGGCAGCAUGAGGCGUGUAACGGGGCCCUGGUGAACCUGGCCUAUCAGAUCUACAUCGCCCUGCGCCCCCAGGUCACGGAGUUGCGGGUGGUGAUGGAGCAGAUCCCCGAGAUCCAGCGCGAUGCUCUGCAGCAGUUUGACUCUCGACUUCUCUUCACGGCACAGAAACAAGGGGAGAAGCGGCGGAAAGAGCAAUUCAGGCGCCUCAUAUCCGGCUGCAUUGGGAAACCUCUGGGCGAACAGUUUCGGAAAGAAGUUCACAUCCGGAAUCUUCCAUCUCUGUUCCAGAAGAAACCGCGGCCGGUCCUGAGCGAGGAUGCCAUCCUGGGCAGCUGCGCAGAGUCGCUCCCGGCAUUAUUCCAGCCAUGAGGUGUUGGUCACCCCGCGCCUCAGGAUCAGUAAGGAACAGAGGCCGCGGGGGCCUGAUCCUCCUCCUCCGGCCGCUGGGGGCCUGAUCCUCCUCCUCCGGCCGCUGGGGCCUGAUCCUCCUCCUCCGGCCGCUGGGGCCUGAUCCUCCUCCUCCGGCCGCGGGGGCCUGAUCCUCCUCCUCCUCCGGCCGCGGGGGGCCUGAUCCUCCUCCUCCUCCUCCGGCCGCGGGGGG